AUGUGCCCAGAUGGAGGGAUGCCAUAUGAUUAUGAAGAAUGUGACCCAACAGCACGAUCACAAUGUCCAGAGGGCUUUACCUGCCGAGGUGGUACCCUUCGUGGUUCAUCUGAUGCAAUAGUAUACGUGUGCUGUUCGACAAUAAAUAUGAGUAUUGGUGACUGGUUUACUGAUCUUGACCUAGCACCCAGCCACAUACCAUACAUUCCGCUGGUCAAGUUGUCAUCGGUUUAUAUUGCGGAUGCUUUGACAAAUGCCUCAUCACCUCCUAUCCAUGUUGGGGAUGAGGUGAUAGCUUUAUCAUAUCCAUCUUACGUAACUGCAUCUCUAUCCGCCGUGACAUUCCCCGUACCACCUGUUGGUGGAGGAUUUUUGCACAUUCUGACAAUCAUUGAUGCGGAUGCUUAUCCAUAUGCACUUAUGCUAACAGCUAACCUACUUACCCCAUCAUCUGUCAACUGUUUGGUGGGCAGUCAAUCUCCUGACUUCUACUUCUUCAUCUCCAACGGAACUGUCCCAGAAGCCCUUUCUUAUCGGCAUCAAUAUAGUAUCCUUGUAUUCUCAACGCCCACAAGGCUUCAAGCCUCCGGACUAUCACAAACAAAUACACUUACCCAAUCUUCGAAUUCGUUAAUGGAUGGCUGCAAUGAUAUCAGUUGUUUCUUCACAAAAUCUACGAUCGGUACCCAACUCGGAUCACCACUGGCCGGAUCACUGUUUUAUCACAACAUGAAAACGUUUUAUUUUAUGGUGCUCACCCUCUUCCAAUCCGCCUCAACAUUUUCAUUUGGCUCGUUGUUUGGCGGACUUGGAACUACGCAAGCCGUUGGCGUUCGUGGUAUUCUAAUGUGUGAGGGGAAACCUGCCGCAAAUGUAAAAGUUAAAUUGUGGGAUUCGGAUCGAGGCAUUGAUCUCGACGAUUUGAUGGAUUCUGGAGUAUCGGAUAGUCGAGGACAUUUUGAACUAAGAGGAUAUACCAGUGAAAUUUCGACAAUCGACCCUCAGGUUGAUAUUUAUCAUGAUUGCAAUGACGGAAAGAAGCCCUGUCAACGCAAAGUUGUUCUCGACAUUCCUGACACCGCUAUUUCGGAAGGAAAAAUUCCAAAAACGAUUUUCAACAUGGGAACCCUCGAACUGUCCGGACAAAUGGGUGAAGAAACUCGAAGUUGCCUCAACAGAAUG